AUGGUCCAAUUUGCAGACAUUUUGCUCCCCUUCAUCAUGUCGCUGCUCCUGGUGACCAUAUUGGAUCCUGUGAAGCAGGAGACAUACGUCGUGCUCGAGUGCGUAGCGGUGCUGUUCUUCCAGAACGUAUCUUUUCUGGGCUGUUGUCUGCGGCCAUCCCGGAGACCGUUGAAUGCUGGUGAGCGGCAGGCGAAAUCGACAAGCCUGCGGGAGUGGGUCGAAAAGUUGUUGUUGAUAGUCUCCAUUGCCAUCACCGUGCUGCUCGCUGGGCGUCUAUUCUGGAUCGUGGGGCGCAUCGUGUGGCUGAGCGGCGAGGCCAUCAUCGUGGAUUUCGAGUAUUACAAGGAGGGCGUCGAGAAGCGUGGGGAGCAGGCUCAGGCGCUGCUGAAGAAAUACCACCUCGACAAACAGGCGUCUCUCGACACCGAGGACCUCAGCAGCAUGGCCCUGGAGAUGCUCAGGUACGUCGCCGACUUUUUCACGCAGCACGUGUUCUACAGCAUCACGCAGGUCAGUCUCACUACCAUCUUCGUACUGUUCUUGCUGUACUCGCCUGUUCAGCGUGAUUUCGCACCCGUCAUGCAAGGUGUGUUUUCUUCCAUGGAGCUGUAUCUGAAGCUGAAGACAUUUAUCUCCUUAUCUGGAGUGCUAUGGGCAUUUCUUGCACAAUUCAUCCUGCAUUUCAAUAUCGCCAAUUUCGUGGAGCCCAUCGUGUUCGGGACCACGGAGGAGAUUCACAGCGUCGUUGUCCUUCUCGGCCUUUCUUUCUUCGGUUACAUCUGGGGCUUCAGGGGCAUGUUCCUGUCCGUGCCGCUGCUCUUCGCGAUCCACGCGUGGCUCGACAUCGUGGCCAGCACGCCGAGCUACCCGGCCGAGGCGCGCGACGACGCGCGCUUCAUCAUGGGCAUCCUGGAGGGCAAGUGGCUGGCCGACAGCCCCUGGGACAACGAGGAGGAGGCGGGAGCCACGAGCCCGAGCCCCUCCGCGGAGCACAUCGAGCUCGUGGAGCCCGAGCUCCUGCCGCACGGCGCCCAGCCCGGCGGGCCCCCGCCCCCGGUGCCGGGCGGCGGGGGCCCCGCUGGCCUCGGCGAGGGCGGCCGCUGCGCGCCCCUGCGGGGCUUCUGCUCCGCGGUGGCCGGCAGCGAGGCGCCCAUCAGCCAGUGGGAGGUCACGAGCUGGCUCCGCAGGGGCUGGGAGGUGCGGGAUCCCGCCACCGACGAGGUGCUGAUGCCGGGCCUGCUCUUCCGGUGCGCCGUGCUGGGCGGGGCCUACGUCAUGGUCUUCUUCGGCUUCUCGAUCUUCAAUUGGGACCUCGGCAGCGUCAUCCAUCCCUCGGGCACCUCGGGGGACGCAGUCCCGCUGAAUACCAGCGGCCAGGCCAUGACCACGGUGGCGCGCAGAGUCUCGACGACAAUCGCUGCCACAUCGUGGACUAUCCCCACGACCGCGGCGGCGUUCACAGCACCGAUGGCCACCGUGGCUGCCACGCAGACGACGACCAGCGCCCGCCCCAACGAUGACGGCGGCAGCGCGGGGCCUGAGGCCAACAGCAGCCAUGAGCAUCGUCACCACGCCGACAGCGCUCGACCCAAGCCGAGCCGACGCCCAGAGGAGAAGGAGGAGGAGGAGGACCCUGGUGAUACGCGGCCAACGGUGCCAGCCCCCGGUGGGCACAGAAGCUCCGUGGACUACGUCGACGACCUCGGAGGGCCAAACGAGUCGCUCCGAGGCAGCCAGGGCGUUGAGCCCAAGCGACGGCACAACCGCAGCUCGGGUCAGGCACUCAGUGUCGCGGGCGACCUUGAGACCUGA